AUGGCUGGAGAAAUUAGGAAGCCAUUGGUAAUUGGCAAGUCUAAAAAACCACGGUGUUUUAAGAACAUGGACAUUUCUUCGCUACCUGUCAUAUGGAAAUUUAAUAAAAAAGCCUGGAUGACAACAGAGAUAAUGGAGCAGUGGUUGCGUUAUUUUAACGCAGAUAUGCGAUCUCAGAAUAGAAACGUCCUAAUAUUCUUAGAUAAUGCUGCAUGUCACCCAAAGAUCGAACUAUCUAAUACGAAAAUACUUAUGUUGCCCCCAAAUACCACAUCGAUCACCCAACCAAUGGAUCAAGGAGUGAUUUACACGUUCAAGUCUUACUAUCGUAAGUUUUAG